AUGGACGGUAAUAAAGCCGAGAUCAAGUCAAAUCUACAAAUUCAUCAUUAUCAAAUUGGCGAUCAUGUGUUAGUGCACUGGCGUGAUGGCAUGUACUAUCUAGGCAACGUUCGAAAGGUUAAUAAGAGAGAUCGAUCAUGCUUAGUGGAAUUUGAAGAUGCUUCUAUCCAUUCAGCUCGUUAUCACCAUCUACAUCCAGAAUUAAGUAAGGAAGCUUGUAAAACUUGUCAUGGAGAGGUAUCAGAAGUACCCAAUUUGAUAGUUAUUUGCGAUAAUUGCGACCAGGGUUAUCAUCAAAAGUGCCAUAUACCCCAAGUCUCAGAUAGCUUACUUAAACCUGACAUUCAAUGGAUAUGUAGAUACUGCAUAUUUGGCAGUGCUAUGAAGGCUGGUGGAGCUCUAAAGCAUGGACCCAAAGCUCGUGCUCUUCAAGUGCUCAAAUCUGAAUUACCGUAUGAGAUUAGUACACUACGCUGGGAUAAGAGCCAUCUUACUAAUUCUGAAUGCUUAUAUUGUUACUGUGGUGGUCCAGGAUUAUGGUUUAAUCGGAUGGUACAAUGUUGCAGAUGCAGUCAAUGGUUUCAUGAAGCUUGCUUACAAUGCUUAGAUGGCCCUCUCCUAUUAGGAGAUAGGUACUGCAUAUUUACAUGUUCUGUAUGUCGUAAAGGCUUGGAAUCUUACGUAAAAUUACCUAUUGAUAUGGAAGACUACGUUCAUCUAUCAUUAUACAAUUUAACAAGAAACAGUAAACAUAGAUAUUUCGACAUCGAAAACUCGAUAAUACCUUUCAUGGAUAAUAACAAGCAGUAUGUUAAAUUAGAUAAAAAGUAUUUAGAUGUUCCAUUAACUAGCCUUGUACGGUUAGUAUAUGAAAUACUGAAGAAGCAUUUACACGAUAAAUACUGUAUGGACAAAAGUGCUAAAAGAUAUAAAUCUUGGGGCUUGCGUAUGCUAAUACCUCCACUACCUACGUCAAAAGAAUAUGAAGCUCAUUACCCUCCAAUUAAGUUUACUGAUCAUAAAGCACUGAAAGCUACAAUGAAAACAAGAAAGAGCAACCCUAAAAUGAGAAUUAUGCCUAAACGCUUAUGUUCCGAGAGAACUUUACUUGAAAAUAAUGAAGACCUGGCUGAUAAAGGAAAUCUUUCACAAGGUGGCCAACUGUCCAAGAAAGUAAAACGUCAGUUAAAUCACGAGAAUAAAAUUGUAGAUAAUAAUCGGCCGUUAAAACGAAAACGAAAAGGUUGUCGGCUCUCAAGCAGUAAUACAAGUGAUAUGGCGACUUUUUACCAAAAAAGGGUUAAUAAUUCAGUAGAAUAUAUCAUGGCUAAAGAAGUAAACAAAAAGGGGCGCCGAUUGCAUAGUUAUAAAAAAUGUACAGUUUCUGCUCGUCGGAUAACAUGUGAUGGAGAAGUGCAAUACCUAUUCCAUUGCGUCGGUGAACAUUGCGAUAAAGGGUUACCCAUUGUAAGAGAAAUUUAA